GCUUCACAAAAUAUGGCUCGUAUAAAACCUUUACCUGUUGAAUUACAAAAAGUGGCCGAAACCGAGUUGGGAGAAAAACCAAAUAGAAUACCCAGUGACCUACAGGCCUUGAGAACUUGGAUAGAACAGCAACCCCAUUUAAAUGCUCGCUUGGAAGAACAAUUUUUAAUACAAUAUUUAAGAGGCUGUAAAUACAGUUUGGAAAAAUCAAAACAGAAAAUUGAUUUAUUUUUCACUUUGAAAUCGAAAUUUCCCGAUUUUUUUAAUGCCACCAAUGUGCAGGAGUCUAGAUUUAGGAAAAUGUAUAAUUAUGGACUUUGCGGACCUUUACCCCGACCUCUUAAGGAUAAUGAAGCUCGUAUCUUGUUCAUUAAGUUUGAUGGCGAUGUGGCCAAAGGUCUGGUUGACUUUGAUGAACUGUAUCGGGUGACAAAUGCCUUGCAUGAAAUUAUUAUUAUGGAUGAUCCCUAUGCCUGCAUAAAUGGCAUUAUUUAUAUAUUCGAUUUAAAUAAUAUUACUUUAAAUAUGGCUGCUAAAUAUACCCCCACAUUUCUGCGCAAACUUGUGCAAUUUUAUGAGAAAUCUUUGCCUUUGCGUAUAAAGGGUAUUCACUUUAUAAAUGCCCCCUCAUUUAUCCACAGUGUCUUGAGUAUUGUACUACCAAUGUUAACGGAGAAACUGAGACAAAGGAUAUCUGUAAAUGGCCAAAACUAUGAAAGUUUAUAUAAAAUAAUACCCAAACAAUAUUUGCCCUGCCAUUUGGGUGGCGAGAAUGGUUCAAUGGAAGAAAUUUUUAAGGACCUGGACCAGAAAUGGUUGGAAUAUGAGAACUAUUUUAAGGAAAAUGCCAACUAUGGCACCAAUGAACAAUUGAGACCUGGCAAACCUCUUGAUUUUGACAGUAUGUUUGGUUUGGGUGGCUCAUUCCGAAAAUUAGAUGUGGAUUGAAGAUAAUUUGAAAUGUAUUCUUUAUUUUUAUAACUUGU